AAAAGUAUUUUUGCUAUAGCUGCAUUUCAAAUUUAGUCAUAGGAAUACUAAAUAAAUUGCUACAAAAAUGCUGAGAUAUAAUGACAGACAUGGUGUACCAUAGAAUAGUGUUAAUAACUUUUAUCUAAAGAAAAUGUCGGUGGAGGUGGUGGUCAAGAAUAGCUGCCAGUCUAUUGGGGAGGGACCACACUGGGAUGACAAGACCAACACGCUUAUAUACGUGGACAUCCUCACUAAUGAUAUUCAUCGAUGGAAUGCAGAAACAGGAACUGAUGAAAAAAUACAUCUAGAGGACAGUGUUGGAUUCGUGGUACCUUGCAGGAAGGGUGGCUACAUUGUGGGUCUCGGGCGAACUCUGUCACACGUUGACUGGAAUUCACAAAAAGUGACAAAACUUCAUGAAGUUGAUCAGGGAACGAAGAACCGAUUUAAUGAUGGAAAAUGUGAUUCGAAAGGAAGAGUUUGGGCAGGAACAAUGGGAUAUGAAUCAGAACCAGCCAAUCCUGAGAGGGAAAGGGGAUCUUUAUUUCGAUUGGACGUAGACGGUUCUCUACACGCAUGCCUGAACAAGAUCAACAUAUCCAAUGGGCUAGCAUGGACUGCUGACAACAAAACCAUGUAUUACAUUGACUCUCUGCCUAGAAAAGUGUAUGGAUUUGAUUAUGAUGUUGAGACAGGGAACAUAAGCAAUCAGAGAGUGGCUGUUGAUUUUGGGGAGGGAACCAUUCCCACGCUGGGAUUUCCUGAUGGUAUGUGUAUAGAUACAGAGGACAAAAUAUGGGUGGCGUGUUAUGGUGCUGCCAAAAUGGUUCGUUUUGAUCCAACCACAGGUAAAACACUGAGGACCAUUGACAUUCCCGCUAAGAGAACUACUUCCUGUUGUUUUGGUGGGAAACAAUUGGAUGAACUUUAUGUGACUUGUGGUGUACAGGGGUCAACUGCAGAAGAGAGGGAGAAAUAUCCACUCACAGGAUCCGUCUUCAGGGUGACGGGUUUAGGAGUCAGAGGUCGUCCUGCAAGCAUGUACGAAGGAUAGACUAACAUGAAAUUGCACCUAAUAGAUGAAAAUCAUCCAGUAUUAAACACUAUGAAAUAUACUAAACUUGUGUCAUUAAGAAGAAUGAUGCAACAAUUGAUCAUUAAAAAAAGUCACCCCUGCCACAAAAUGAGUAUU